AUCGUUUCUCCCCUACGUCUCGCUCUCCCCGCGAGAAAUCAUCGCGCCCGCCUCGCUCGCUCGCACGCGGAUAUUACGACGAGAGAGAGAGAGAGACACGUAGUACGUUGUUUGUUUACGAGCGAUCGUCAGAGCACCGACACCUGCCGAGAGACGGGCGAAUUACCGGUCCCGUUAGAACGAAAAUGAUAGAUGCUCGACGAUCAUCAUUUCCGUCUGGCUUUUCCCUCGAGAUAACGACUUCGAGUGCCACCCCGUGACGUCGUCCGACGUCGGGAUGCGUUUGCCGAGCACUCUUCUGAUCACGCGGGCGUAUCGCGAGGACGGUGUGUCGGUACUUUCGAUAUUUCCAUUUACGACGUACUUCAUGGUAUAUAUAUAUAUAUCAUACAAUGUAUACCGUGAAGUAUAUAUAUAUAGCAAGGUUAAAGAACUACAGCGCAAUGCAAUCACAUUCGUGAGCGGAGGUACGACGAGGAAAGCGCGACGGGCCCCGGCUUUCGCCGGGGAGAAACUCAACGGGCCGAGAGGAUAAGGCGCGUUUCCCCGCGGUCGGGAUUACCUUCGGCCUGACGAAUUCGUUAUUUACCAACGCCGCGGCCGCGCGCGCUGCCCGGCUCUCGAGGCCGGUGGCAGCACUGUGCGAGCGCUAAUUUGCGUUGAACGACACGUAUUUCGGCCGCCGUGAACUGCGUAAAUUGCAUUUCGCACGGGGACGCGCGCGGCUACGACGACGAACGGCAGCUAGCACCACGACGACGACGAGGACGAAGAAAGCGGAGCACAGAGAAGCCGAGGCAAUCCAGAAGAUAAUUCACAGAUCACACAAAGCCGUGAAAUAUACUGGCUAUGAAAAUGAAGAUUCCAAACAACGGUUCCGGAAAUGGUUAUUACGGGCACGACACGGGUAUCAUAUCCUACGUGGACAAUAACAUCGAUACCGAGGCGGAUGUGCAGGCGACAGGCGACGGGGAUUUCUCCGAGUACCUGUGGAUGGAGAACGAGGAGGAGUUCGACAAACAGGUACUGCAACAAUUGGAGGAGGAAGAGCUGAUGGAGGAAUGCCUGGAGGCGAUGUUGGAGGAAGAGAGGCAACACGAGAGGAAUAUCAACUCGACCGCGUGGUCCACAGCCACCGGUGCCUCUGACAAUAACACGGCUGAACUCUGUCAACAGCUCAGCAGUCUGAAAAUGCAGGACGAUCUCGCCAAGCAGAGCACACUAAAUCCAGACGCGGCUGAGUUUAUUCCAGCGAUCAAAACGACGACGGUAAGUACAUCGUCAGGAGCCGCCGAGUCAACGUCGAAAAUUUAACUUUACCCGCCUACGUUUAAGUCAUGUAAAGUCGGGCUAUACGUAAUGGCUAGAGAGUCUACUAUUUCCAAUCGGACAAUUAUAUUAAGUGAAUCGUGUUUAGAAGUUCAAUGACUGUGACUGUACGUACAAAGAUGUUGUAAAGUACGCGAGUCGGGAUGCCGCACCAUCGAGAUACGCGUCAGUCCGAAACUUAAUAUCAGUUAUCACGCAAACCGGGCGAAAUAUUGUGCUACCGAAAUUUUUAUAGACCGGAAAUUGUCGCGCGACUAUUGAGCGAGGAAUUAUUAUGUAUAUGUUUCUUGCCGGGAUUACGAACCGAUCAUGUAUACAAAUCACUCGUUAAAGGAAAUUCGCAAUUUAUAUAUUAUCUCUUGUUCAAUGUAUUCACGGAGAACAGGUUUUUGCAGAGGUAAAUGCUUGUAGCAUUUCUUUCUUUUUUUUUUUAACUUGCGUAAGUAGUAUGUUAUAAAUUACAAUAUUGUAUAUUGAUCGAGAGAAAUGAGCUGCGGUUCAGGGUGAAGUGAACUGAAAAGGAACAUGUACUAGAUCCUUUAUAUGGACUUUAAAUAAGUUUGUAGAAUCAAGGCAAUGAUACACACAUGCACAUACACACACAAAAACACGCAUAUAUACAUUACAUUAUCUUGUAAAUUAUGUUUAUAUAUCCUAUGUAUGUAUGUCUCGAUCAGAUCUUAUCAUGCUGAAGAUUAUGUGACCCUUUUUAUCUUUCACUCUGUAUCAAGCUGUAAAAUUUUUUGCAGUCACAAUUUUUACGGCUUGAUAUACAUUAAUCAAUGUCCAAUGAAAACUUUCCUCAAGAGAGUUCCUUUUGUAAUACUUAUAAUAGAGGACGAUGGUUGCAGAAUUGUUAGCAGAGCAUGUUACACUAUGAUCGCAAGAUAUUGUAAGAAUCAUGUAUAUCGAAGACAUCAUAUUAUUUUUUGUAACGAAUAUUUUGCCUCGGAUAGGUAAAUAAUCGCGACACCAUCAAUUGCAUGCAUAUAGUUGGCGAAAAGAAAAGUUAUAUUAUUUAUAUACGAAUGUAUCAUUUUAUUCGAGAAUUCGGCGGAGACGCGAAGUCCCGACAGGUACUAAUUUCAGAAUUUGAAGAACAAGGCAACGCUCGACAAAAAAAAAUUGUGAUUCUGAAUUUAGCGUAUACGAGACAAUAUAUGAGCCUCAUGUGAAAACAUUUUAUUCUACACUUUCGACUUGUCGUUUCACGGGAAAUUAUUCCUUCUUCGAUAUCGUUAUGAUUUUUUGAACCGUUGUCGCAUUUUUUUUUUUUUUCGAAUUGUCGAAUAAUACAUGUCGGGACUCGAAUUGCGCGUUUGCCGACGAUUCGUUUAAAACGUAUACGAGGAACAUUAUCGAGUCCUGCUUCAGCAUUCGUUCAACAAACUUAAAGAUCUCAAGUGAAAGUCUUACUUAGGCUGUGAGGGACUCUUUUUACGACUCUUUUUUAGUGGAACCGAGAAAAUCAGCACAUUGCUUACUUAUUUUUUAAACCAAUCUGCAUGCGGUAAUAUUUCAAAAUUUAGGAGACUGCGUAGGUCAUAGAAUGUAACCUCGAUGAAACAUAAUGGAAAUAGAGUAAAUGGUGAAUGUACUUCAAAUUAGCUUGAAUAGCAAGAAGGUUGAUUUGAUUUUUGCUAGAACAUAAUAUUAAUACGUAUACGUAUACUCGUUAUUCAUGAAUAUAUCACAUAUAUUUGUACAAUAUUUGAUACUUCCCCAAUUAUGUGAUUGCUUUUAGAACGACUAACGGAAGGGAUUUUCAAGUCGCUUCACUCCGUGACUUUUAAGUCGACUACGAAAGAAAAAAAGAGAGAAAAGGGAAUCGGAUCUUGUAAAUUUAAAAUCAAACUUUUUGCGAUCCAAGAUUAUACACGCGCGGUGGUGAUUAAAACGCAGGCGUGCCACUUACGUGAUAUUUGCCAUCCUUUUUAAGAAUUACGAGAAAUGAAUGUAUAAAUUUUUAAUAGGAUCUAUAUAUUGAGAUAUAUCUAUAUAUUGUUAUAUGUUUGCAUUAUAUACUUUUGUAUAUGGUAAGUGCGCGUUGUUUUAGUCACGACCUGGUUUAUACCAUCAACUGUGAAAACUGUGAUUAUCAGGACAGCGUCACUAAGUUUAUUCGAAUUAUGUUGUACACAUACGAGGCAUCACGUCAAUCCCUUGCAAUAUACUGUAAUUUACUUCGGAACUUCUUUGCUUUGCGAAGAGGAUACAUGGUGUACGAUACAGAUCAUCACUUAUCACUUGAUCCGCACAUCUGUGUCGUAUAUCUCGCGUGCUUUAUAGUGUACUAUCUUUUUACACGCUAUCAUUUAUAGGCAGCACAGUGAAAAUUGCAGAAACAGCUGGUAACGCGAUCGGCAAUAAUUGGCUGUAUCACACGAUGUGUGUUACGUUGACAAAAACGAAGGUAGUACAA